CAGAGAGAGAGACUACGGAGAACAUUUACCAGUGUCGACGCAACUUCUGUCGAGAGCAGCUCCAUGCGACCGACGAUUGUAGUUGAUGAGUUUCGCGGAUUCUGCGGGCGCGUGUGAUUUUGUUUUGUUUUGAUUUCUUUGUUGACAGUUCGGGCCCAGGUGAGACGAUUUCUCUUCUGAAGCGCUGGACAUUCCAUAAAAAUGGAUAAAACUGGAAUAUAUUUGGUCACCGCAUUCUUCUUCUUCUCGGUUACUUCUGCAAUGAGUCAGUUGGCUGGCAAACUGCAAUCCUGUUCGAUUGAAGGGGAGAGAGUUGCCGUGGACAGCAUCGUGAAGGGAAGGUGUUUUUCCUGUACAUGCAAGAACGGAUUUGUUUGGUGUAGUGAUGGUUGCCCAAAAACUGACGGUUGUCACUUGCUGGUUCAAGAAGAAGGCUGUUGCAAGCGAUGCAAAGGAUGCAUUCACAAUGGAGUUUAUCAUGCAAGUGACACGGAGUGGCAAGACAGAUAUUCUCCCUGUACAGUGAUGAGAUGUGAAGCGGGAGUUGUGACGGUUUCUCAACUCCGUUGUUUCACACCUUGCGCCAAUCCUCUACCACCAGAACCUGGAAAAUGCUGUCCAACUUGUCCUGAAUGCAAAAUCAACGACCAAAUAGUAACAGAAGACCGUGAGGUGACCUUGGACGAUCCUUGUUUGAAAUGUCGGUGCAGUGCAGGAAAGAUGACCUGUUCCAAGAAGGCUUGCCCCGUUCUCCAAUGCACACGCCAACGACAGUUUGAUCCACCAGGAGAAUGUUGCCCCAUAUGUAGAGGCACCAGAACUCUGAUUCCUCCCAAAAACACCUGUACACUGCAAACAUCAUUCUUCAGAGAUGGUGACACCUUCAACACCGACAAAUGUACUAAUUGCACCUGCACGAAUGACACUUCAAUCUGCAGGAGGCCUACGUGCCCUAUUUUAGAUUGUACGCCAGAAUUGCAAAUAUAUCCAAAAGGAAGCUGUUGUAAAGUAUGUCAACAACCAGAAGAAUCCAGGUCCAGCUGCUACCAUAAUGAAGUAGAGUAUCAGGAUGGUCAACAAUGGAAGCUGGAUGCUUGCAAGUCCUGCAUAUGUCAGAGAGGAAUGCCUAGUUGCGUCAUCACCAGGUGCAAUACCACUUCAAUAGCCUGCUCGGAUGGAACCAGAUUAGUACGACUACCAGGAGAAUGUUGUCAAAAGUGUGUAGAAGUUGAAGCUGCUUGUAUGGUGUUUGGAGACCCACAUUACAAAACUUUCGAUGGUCGAAUAUACAGCUUCAAAGGCGUGGGAAAGUACCAACUAGUAGCCGACUGCUCUGACAACACCUUCUCGAUACGCGUCGCCAACAUCCUGAACCAGAGUUCUUCUUCUCUCACCAAACGUGUCGCCAUCAAGUAUCUCAACAACCGCAUCAAUUUGCAGCAGAAAGGAAGGAUAAAAUACAACGGCACCAUCAUAAAACUGCCUUUUAAAAUCGAGGGAAAGUUCCACGCCGAGAAAAAGAAAGAAAACUCCGUAGAAAUAACCUUGAACAACGGUGUGAAGAUUUUUUGGAACUUCCGGAGCUUCGUAGAGGUUGUGGUACCUCCAGCUUUCAAGAAUAAGGUUUGCGGGCUAUGCGGAAACUUCAACCGCGCUGUUCAAGACGACUUACGUACCAAAAGUGGUCGAGUGCUGUCAGAUAAGGAAGUUCUGGCGUUCGGGGCGUCUUGGUGCAUAGGAAAAAAAUCAGAAUGCGGGAAGAAGGUUCGGCAGAACAGACCGGCCAAGCCGAUGAAGAAGAACAACUGCAAAAUGUUCAACAACGACACAUUUUCUGCUUGCCACUCGAAACUGAACUUCAGCAAGUACUACAGGGCCUGCAAAAUGGACAUGGACCAUUGUCACAAGGGCUACAACUGCUACUGCGACAGUUUGAUGGCCUACGCCAGAGAAUGCAACAGACUAGGCGCAGAGUUGGGGAACUGGCAGAAACACACGUUUUGUGAUCACAACAGCCUCAGGCGAAAAAAGAAGAGGUUCCACAAGGCGCAUAGGCGCCAAGAGGCGCAGUUGCUGAGGCAGUUGCCGAAAAUGUUGAAUCGAACAAGGAGUUCAAAAAGUCCCGUUGGGUUGACAUGAAUCUCCGACAAUUUAGAAAGCUAGUCAUUCUCAGUAUUUACCAGAUCGCCUGUAGAGUAAAAAAGUGUAAAUAUUAUUUAAAGUAUUAUUGAAGAAUUUGGGUUUUUGAGAUGGAACGUGUCACUUGGUUGGAUCGAAUUUAAUAUUUGCUGUCGAAUUUAUUUGAAAUUGAGAUCCUGAGAGAUUUCACAUCAGGAAAGGUGAAUUUAAGAAGAAAUUAUGUUGAUAUAUACAUUUCCAAGCCAAGAAAUGACUUUCAAAAUAUGAGCACCUUGAUCAGAAUGCGUAAUUGUUGCCGCUUACACCGUAGCUUCAUGGAAAGCUUCAUUACUACUGAUGAAGCUACGCUGUUGGCAAAUCACGUCUAGAUAUUCAGUUUGGCACGAAAAAUUGGGGAGUUUUUUGUAUUUGUUUUGAAGAAGACAUUUUAUAAGAUUGUUUCUACUAUUUCUAGAGCUUGUUUGCCAGAACAAGUUAAGGAGUUUUCACAUUAUCGAGGCACACACUCUAAUUUACUGCGCAUUAGUAAAGAAUAUCAUUGAAGUUAUAUGUUAUUAUUUCCACAAAACCAGAUGUUUUACGAGCCCUUUCAAUUGUGUUCCCAAAAUGAGAAUUAAAGUCAGUUAUUUGAUGAACUUUAAGAUGAUUUCGGCCAAUCAUGACACAGAUAAACUCAUUUGGUGUUUUUAAUCUAGUAUUAGAUAUUAUAUGACAUUUCACCAAGUUGAAGUGUAAUUUUUUAGUUGAAGACCAUCUGAUAAUUCUAUCGAUGCCAUUUUGCAAAGAGAGAUAGUUAUUUAUGCCUUUCAUUUUGGCAAAUAGUUUGGAGUCAUCUGUAUAAAGACGGUAUGAACUGUUGAUUUUCGGCACGAUAUCGUUAUUGAAUAAUAAAAAGGAGAGGGCACAAAUUUGAUUCCUAUGGUACUUCAUAUUCCAGCAAGUAGCUAUGUGAAAUUUCUACACGAUACUCAUAUUGAAAUAUCGAUAAAAAUUUGCAUACAAAAUGAAUUCAUAUGAUUCAGUAAUGCAAUUAGAAAAAUCAAUAGUUACACAGAUAUUUGUAUUACCCUUCUUGAAAAGUGGUGUCGAGUUGCCGAUUCAUCUGGAAAACGUAAUAGAAUUUUCUACACAUUUGGAAAGCAAUUUUCAAUUGGAAAUAAAUCAGGAUUUUUUGACAUUGAAUAUACACAAAACAAAUUUUGAACGCUCAGUAAAACAAUUAGUGAAACUAUUGAAGGAAGUGGUUAUAAAAUGAUUUUUAGUUGCAUAUUCCUACUUUACUGUGAGGUAACUUUCUUGAACCAGAAUAUGUACUCCCUGAAAGUUUGUAAUUUAUAUUGAAGUUGAAAAAUUAAAAUUUUACAAUUCCUCUCAUUUUGCCUCGUUUUUUGGAAUGACAGAAGAUUCAUCAAAAUUUUCUCAUCAAUUUUCACAAAAUAUCAUUUGUUACUAUUACCAAAUCUGGAAAACGUAAGUGACACGUCAAUCCAUCUAUACUUUGUCCAUAUAAUUUCACAAUUAUUUGUACCAAAGACAUUCUGUAUUUUUGCUAGACGGUCUGUUCUGUUAAAUAGUUUUCUUGUGAACAGUUUUUUUGUAUAUACGUUUUAGUAUUCUUAUUUUAUGUACGAAGAUCUCUGUGUAAGCAUUAUAGCUUUUAACAAUUCAAAUCAAUCGUUCCUAAAUAUAUAGGUAUGUGUAAAAUUAUAAAGAUUGUAGCUAAGUUGCUGUGAAAUCUGUGGUUAUUGAAUAUUGAUAAAGGGAAGCGAAGAUGAGAAAAAAGCGAACUGCGUUAUUACUGCUACUGAUAAAUAUUUUCUAUACAAUCUUGGAUGUUUUUUCAUAUUCUUCCUUCUUACCUGAUGUCCAGUUAUUCAUGUUGAUGAAUAGAUUGAGUGAGUUUAUGGAAUUGAUGAAAAUCUUGGAAAGAAGAUACAUUUCGGCAUCAAAAUCUAAAUUUUGUACCUAUGCUUGACUUCCAUUUAUUUAUUGCUCCAAUCAAACGGAUGAGAAGACGAAAUUCUGUUGAUACGGAUUCUGUAUCAUCACAUUCUAUGUAUAUUCUGUUUUGACGAUACUUUUCCAACUCUUCACCAUAGGGAUUCAAAAUUUUGAUAAAAAAUUUCGAUUUUGAGAAUGCAGUUUAUAAUUUCACUUUUGAACAAUGGGUAUAUAGAAAUAUUUAUUAUGUAGGUAUUGAAAGUUUCAUCUUCCUGAAUCAAAUCAAUUCCCAAUGUCGUUGGUCAAAAAUUGAUGUUUGCUUCACUAGUAUAUAACCUCAAUAGUAGUUCACGAUGAUAUUUCAAUUGUAUAUUUCACUGUAAUAUAUUGUUUAACUGUACAAUUUUUUAUCGAUUUCUAGGUAUAAGGAUAAUUUGAAUGUAUUUAUUAAUAAAAUGCAUAGUAGAUUCUACUGUGAAAUUAUACAUACUUACCAUUUUUUUCGGUUUUCUAUUGUUUUAUUUAUUUUUCAGAAUUUGUGUUUAACAUGAUCACCUGUACUGUUGAAAAAUUGACAAUAUAUAAUUACUGGAUGGAAA